CGACUCUAUCGCGACAAGGGCACUUAAACUUCAGUGUGCUGUAAAGAGCAAUUCAAAAUGGAUCCCGCGGCCACAGACAUACUGCCACUGCUUGAGCAGCUCGAUGAUGAGAUAGAUGAUUUGGAAGACUCACUGGCGCCUGUACUUGAGACUGGCAUAUCCGAUACAGCAUCCAAGCUGCCACUAUUAGACAAAGCAAAGUUAUACGUUCUCGUCACAUACGCAGUAGAGUCGAUAUUAUUUUCGUAUCUCCGAUUGAACGGUGUUAAGGCGCGAGAGCACCCAGUUUUCCUGGAGUUAACCCGCGUCAAGCAAUAUUUCGACAAACUGAAAGAGGCUGAAAACCCGACACCAAAACAACCAGGAUUAGCACUGGAAAAAAAUGCUGCUGGUAGAUUUAUCAGAGCUGGACUGAGUGGAAACAGCAAGCUGGACCUAGAGCGAGCGGAGAAGUUGGCCAGAGAAAGAGUUCAUAUCAAGUUUAGCUCGGAGAAAAAGAGUGCUCCGGCUGCAACGAAGGCAGCAGUACCCAAUGGACCGUCAUCCCCAUCCAGCGAUGAUUCGGAGUCGGAUUCGCCUAAGGAAUCUGUAAAAGAAAAAUCCAAGCCGUCGAAGAAGCGAAAGGCUGCUGCUUUGGAGACUGAAAAAGCAUCCGGGGAAAAGGGAGCAACUUCUUCGUCGCAACAGGACAGCUCAAAGUCUGCCAAAAAAAGGAAGGACAAGAAGAAUAAGUCGCAGAAGAAAUCCAAGGGGGGGAAGAAGGACUGAAGCCCAUGAAGGGAGAUGCAGACCAAGUUCUGCCCAAUUGAAUACAGUUCAAUUUGUAAAGAUUGAUUCCGGGAGCAAAAAGGUUAACAGCAUGGCGAUGGCGUUCGUUGGGGCAUGGUGGUUUACGGAUGGGACAAAUGGCAUUCACGAAUACUUCUCAACGUGAAAAAUAGCUUGCGGUGGAAGAUACCCAUAGAGUAAUGAAUUAAAAUAUCAAAC